AUGGCCACUUCUUCACCAACGUCAAUUGCAAUCGUCGGUGCUGCUGGAGCCGUUGGAAGCACAAUCGCAUACAAUCUUCUCCUCAACCCCAUAGCAGGAAAGAUCAUACUGAGCGACCCAAACACUGAAGUCCUACAAGGUCAAGCCGAUGAUCUUCGCGAUGCAAUCCUUCAAAGCGAUACCACAAGCACGCGAAUACACGUAGCGCAUGACUCCAAAGAUGCUGGACAGGCCGAUAUCAUCAUCAUUUCAGCUGGGGCUGCACAAAAGAAGGGAGAGAGCAGGACGGAUUUGGUGGGGAAAAAUGCAAAGAUUCUGAAGUCUGUGGCUGAAGGGUUGGGCUCGGUGAAGAAGGAGGCUAUUGUGCUGGUCGUUGCCAAUCCGGUGGAUACAAUGACUUACUUUGCGAAGCAAUUUAUUGAUUUGCCCGCUGGGCAGAUCUUUGGCGCUGGAACUUUUCUUGAUUCUGCGAGACUGAAGGGAAAAAUUGCGGAACAAGUAGGCGUAUCGCAGWGCAAUGUAGAGGCUUUCGUGCUGGGCGAGCAUGGUGAGACUCAGGUCGUUGCAUGGUCUGCGGUAUCGGUUGGAGGUGUGGCUCUCGAUCGCAUUUCUGAAAAGAUUGAUCGGAAGAAGGUGGAAGAAGAGACGAAGAACAAGGCUGGCGAAAUCAUCGAGGCCAAAGGGACGACGAACUUUGGCAUUGGAUCUGUGACGGCCAGCAUCUGCAAGGCGAUAUUGUUCGAUCAGAAAGUCAUCAGACCGGUCAGCCAUUGGCAGGAGGAUCUCGGCGUGUGCUUGAGCUUACCGGCGGUCUUGGGAAGAAAAGGCCUAGAGAGGACGGUCACUCUACCUCUGAGCGAUGAGGAGAAGAAUGAUGUGCAGAAAAGUGCAAAGAGCUUGAGGGAAGUUAAUGAGGAAGCGAAGAAGGCGCUCGAAUCGUAG